CAGUCGCUGCGGACGUGUGGGUCCGACAGUCAUGAAUGGGGUGGUGGAGAUGCGGGUCUGUGGAUUUUGUCCCGACGUUACGAUAUACAUUUGUACCGAAAUGGACUUGUUUUUAUCGUAACCUUUAGCAUUAGCAGUGUCGCGACUUUAUAUUUGUUCUGUCACGAGCCAGCAGAUUUCCGGUCAUCCGGCGGCUGGAAGAAAAUCACGCUCGCGGUUGUUGUCGUACAUUAAACAUGCCGAAGAACAGCAAGAUCUCGGUGAUCCAGAAGAUAGCGAGUCAGGCUAAUCAGACCUUCCAGAACAUCCCAUCGUCCGGGAAUAACGCGGACAGCAAGGUGUUCGUGGAGCAGCAGACGGAGCUCGUGAGUCUCCUGUCCCAAAUCACGGCUGAAGAUCUGAAUAUUGCGCCACCUAAGAAACUCUCCGCAGCGUCUCCGUCUGCUCCAGUCACCUACAUGCACAUCUGUGAGACCGAUGCCUUCAGCAUGGGGGUGUUUCUGCUCAAACCCGGGGCGUCCAUACCCCUGCACGACCACCCUGGCAUGAACGGCAUGCUGAAGGUGCUGUACGGCAAGGUCGACAUCAGAUGCUACGACAAGCUGGACGAAGCUGCUGGUGCUGAGGCUGAGCACGAGAGGCAGGGGGAAGCUGUGAGCAGAGCGGUGCUCAGGUCUUCCGGACAGUUUACUGCACAGAGUGGCCCAUGCGUGCUGAGUCCUGCCAAAGACAACCUUCACGAGAUCGAUGCUGUGGAUGGACCGGCUGCCUUUCUUGACAUACUGGCACCCCCCUAUGGCCCCGACGAUGGGAGGGAUUGUCACUACUACAAAGUUUUACAGACUGCUGGCAGAAAAGAGCAGAGCGAAGAGGAUGAGGUGUGGCUUUUAGAGAUCCCCCAGCCGGAUGAUUUCUGGUGUGGGGGCGAGCCGUACCCCGGUCCUCAGGUUUCUGUGUAGAGUUGCACACUGGACUUUGGUUUCAUUUGGUCAAAUGCCAUUUUCGUUACCUCAAAACAUCACUACGUGAUUUAAAUGUCUAGUCCACACUGGCCGUGGGUCAGUGCCAUUUCUUUUUUGUUGAUGUUCUGCAUCAACUCUCUGUGGCCUUUCAUGUGAAUAAUGAAUGUAUUCAUGCUUGAGAAGCAUUAAUCUUGUAUAAGUGCACAUUAUAUAUCUUUAUCAAAUACUCUUGUUUAAUUUAUUUUAAAGACAAACACCUAU